CCAGUCUCUUCUUUGAAUGAGAGUUUGAGACUUACAGAAGUAAAGGGAGGGGCACUGAGUUUAUAGGGCCCUCCUGUCCCCUUGAUGCAACAUUUCCAUACCCUUGUAAAGUCUAAUCCACUUGAGUUUUCCCCUCAGUGGUGCAUUUCAACUUGUCAUCAGUCCUGGUAAGAAUUUUUAACCUGUUUUUAACUUAGCUGUUUUAGAUUGUUUUCUAUAUUUUACAUAUUGAUUUAAGUAUUUAUAUUUUGGGAUGUAUACAAGAUGAGUUAAUUAAAGCACAUUUAAAUAUUAAGAUGUAAUACUGAAAGCCAUGGGCUGUUACUGUAUUAGUGAGGAAAAAAUAAUAAAAGCUAACAGAAUAGUAUAAUUAAAUACUUAAACAUUGCCUUCUUUAAGAAAACAAGGCAUAGCAAUAUAAAUUAAAGUGCAGAAAAGGCACUUUUGAAAUACAAAAUGAUCUAAUAGGUGUGCACAGAGAUAUGUCAAUGAAUAUUGUUAUAACUACUUUAUUUCAUUCUUCUAUUAAUUAACAGUGUUGUGUGUUUUGAAUAUCAUGUCGAACUCAUGUUUUAAGAUGGAUGUUGGGGGAAAAAAACUGAAUGUAGUGGUGGGUAAUCCUUUUAUUUAUUUAUUUAUUUUACUCUGGCUUUUAGGAAUUUCGGAAUGCCAAACACUUGCUGCUUCAACACUUGUUCACAUUACUAAUGCCCGAAAGAGCUUGAAUUAAAAGCUUUCAGCAACUUUGACCUAAUGAAAUGAGGCUUUCCAGCAUUAUUUCAUUCAUUAUUAUCGUCAACUGCCUGAACACUUUUCAGAGUGUGUUUGGCAAGAAUGAGAAAUCAGCCAGCAAGAGAGGAGAAAAACAAUCCUUUGCACGGUCAGGGCAGUUUUCAACCAAACAAAAACAUGAGUGCACAUGGGAGAUAUCCGGAGACCUUAUGGUUAACCUGUCUCUAAGUUGCAAGGACCAAGCCAACAUCAACUACAAGUGUACUUAUGAAGGAGAACCGCAGAAGUGUCAUGCAUAUAAUGCGAAAGCCAAUCAAUACUGGAAACAAAUUCUUGGAAAAUUUAAGAAACUAAAAAAUGCAUGCGAGGAAAAUACCUUAAAGUCACGCAUAUGUAAGAAGGCUGCAGAAGUGGAGUCUCAUCUGAAGAAGAUUAGUGGAGAUGUAGCAGAUGGUAUGGAACAAGGCAAUAAGAGAAUGGGUCAAUCAAAAGGAUCUAGAAAAGGCUCCAGAACAAACCUGCCUGAGGUGAACGGAAAUGUUGGAGCAGAAAAGAAAAGUAAUGACAAAAAGAAAAAGACAGAUAAGAAAUUGAACGACAAGGCUGACCCAACAAGUCCAUCGGCAAUUUCUGACCUCCUUCCUACGGCUGGAAUUGUCAAUGAUGAUAUGGAGUUAAAUGAAGAUCUGGCUGAAGCCCACUGUGCAGAAAAUUGGCAAUCCGUGUGUUCAUUUUUUGUAAACUUCUGGAAUGGCUAACAUCAAAAUAGCACUGUUUGUUAGAAGCAUUUAUAAUACAUCCUUAUUUGUAACUAAAAGGUACUAACACAGGAAUUUCUUGUUAAAUCCUUUGGGCUGGUUAAUACCUAGCACGACUUACAAAUCCCCCAGUACUAAAGCAAGUGUAGACUUGUCUGUAUUUAAUUGUGAUUGUAGAUUUUUAUUUCAAUAUGUUCUUUUUUAGGACAAUUUUGUUUUGGUUUUUUUAAUAUGCCACAACAUUAAGAAUUUGUGUACUUCAAGUCAAUUAAGAUGUCAUUUCUGUUUUAAUUCUCUGAAAUAAUUACUGUGGAUGAUUUAUUGUAGUAUGUAGAUUUAUCAAUAAAAAUAAAUUUUUGCUAGGUAUUGCAUUGAUUUGUAUACUUAGUUGGC